GAAGAUAAACAGACCCACUGGUCUUACGCACCGGUGUUACCACAUUUUGCUAGUGAAUACAGUGUUGGUAACGAUGGGGCUGAGAAUUAGACGCAUGUCAUGAUAGCUAGUUGUAGGACAGUGCGGCAUAAUGUGGUUUUAGAACACACGGAGUUCUGUUACCAUGACAAUUACGUCAAUAUUAGUGUCGGUAACUAAAGGUCAUUCUAAAGACAAGCGCCAGUCAGACGGAAGGAAACAGAAUGGCGGAAGAAAACUUCUCAGUGUGCAAUUCAAGCCGGAUGAUGAUGUAGUUUUAGUCACUUUAACGCAUUUUUUAUUUGUUUUGUGUAAUUCCGUUCCCCUGGCUGCUGUGCGAUGCACGGUCGAGAAAAGGACACAAGCUCUCCCGUAUCGUUUGCACUCCAGAGCAAAGCUUGUGGAUUACCGUUGACUUCUCUUGCUACUAGCUUUCAAUGCUGUAGCACUACAUGCUAUGCUAUUCGGUAGACUUUUUAUCGGACUAAUCUUCAAAUUAACAACGUCGGAACAAGUUAAGGAAUGACCUAGCAUCCGACAGUUUAGUUACGCUCACAUUGUCUGAGUAGUUACUUUUUCUCUACUUGGCUAGUAGGUUACUAGUUAACUUGUUAAGGUUAGCUAGCUAGCUAGCUAAUGUUUGCAUUUAGUUAGCUAGCAAACGUUAGCUUUCCUUCUACAAGUACAAGUUAAUUUUGACAUGACCUAGGUCUCCCAGCCGGUUACUAGUGGAAACAAGCUUGCGUACUUACUGAAUUGAUGGGUUCUCCAAUUCAAUAUAAUGAAACUAAAUUAGCCAGCCAUUAAAGAACAUUUUAUGAUCAUUUUAGCCACGGAGAAAUCUAGUUUAGGUCCAAAUGAUGGGUGAUUUCUCUUUGCCUAUCCGAUAGUUAUAUUUAAACAAUUUGUAUAUGGUAUUGAUGUAUCGGGUAAAAAAAUUGAAAGAAAAAGCAGUUUAGGCAGAUCUUUCAAACGAUGGACAUUUUUUUGUUAAAAUAAUAAAAAAAUGACUUGACCAGGUGUGAAAUAACUGAAGCUGUCUAAGACAAGGGACUAUCUGGCUAAGAUCAUUAACUAAUAUGACGUUUAUUAUCGUGAUAUUCCACAGUACAUAAUUCCUGUCAACCAGAAGAGGGCAGCCAAGGUCAAAGUCGACCUUGUAAAAUUCCAUGUCCUUUAUUGGGCUGGCAAGUGUGAAUAAACAUGGAGCAGCUCACGCUGUUUAGCACUCAGUGAAGGUUGGUUGUCAGAUGUUGUAAACAUCCCCGACUGGAAGCUGUGUUUAUGUACCAACUUCCAGUAGGAUGUUUUCUCCUCCUGGCCUCCCCAGACUCUCCCACUGGUGUGUCAGUAGUAUGACUUGUUUAUAAUCCACCUGUUUAAGAGCCGUAGGAUUCAGGUUCGUUGCUUUUUAGUACAUUUCAAACAUUCUGUUGCGACUUUCUGUCUGAUCGCUGCACACAUUCUGUCUGGCCUUUUAAGACGUCCUCUCUGGGCCUCUUUGUAAAUACUCCAUCUGGAUCCUGAAAACAUCCUGCCCAGCCUUUGUAAACAUCCUACACUCAGCUCUGGCCUGUGUGCGGCUGGGGAGAGGCGGUUUACCCUGGCUGGACUGGUGACCGCCUGCCACACUCCUGGGGACAAGGAAUUGCUAAGGACCAAUAAGUAAUCAUUAGGCAGUGAAGCUUCUACUCAGGUACACUAUGUGACUCAGGCCCUAACUCACCCUCACCCUCCUAUCGUAGACUGCCUCUGUUAAAGUCAGUUCCAUUUAUUUUGUUAUUAGAUACACUUCGACUUUGUCAUCUUAAUGAUUUUAUUAAUAAACUGAAAUAAGAUCUAAUUCCUUCUUUGUCUGUUUGGCUUGUUGGGAGUUAUGUAGAAACAUUGGAUAAAGAGUGUGCUUACAUACUUGACAAAAAUGACAGUUUUACAGACAUGUCGAACAGCGUUUUAGAGAUGUACACGUAUCUCUAAAACAGACAUAAUAAUGAAAGUUGACAAAUUGCUGAAUUUGUUGUCUCUUGUCCUCCUAGCCACAAGUGGCGCUCAUGCGGAUAACCGUCGCCCAGAAAGCUGCCCUGCCGAUCACCUCGAGACUUCAUCCGCCAUACUAGGCAUCGCAGAUUCGCCAGAACCUUACCUUUAUUUAACUAAAAUUGAGAUUUAAAACUGCUUAUUCAAAAAACGUAUCAGUAACGCAUUUUUGCCAAUGAAUGAAAAAAUAUAUAGUCUAGAUUGUGGGAAAUAUGAGCACGUCUAAACCAGGUGAUGUUGCAAUCUACAUGUGUAAACUAUGCAACCAGUUCUCGAAACAGCGGGACCAGCUUCUGCUCCACUGCACCCAGCAGCACCAGGCUGCAGAACUGCCUCAGGACGAGAUAAUAGUAUCUCUUCUACCUCUAUCAGGCCCUCCCCAGGAAGCCACAGACAGCCAUGUGAAACGAAAACGAGGGAGGCCUAAAGGCUCUACCAAGAAGAGCUGUUCUGAUAAGCUUGUGGUAGACCUCAACGCUGCCCCUCCUGCCCAGGACCAGACCGAAGCUGUAGAGGAAAAUGACAAGUCCCUGGACUGCAAAAGAUGCAACCGCAAGUUUAGCAACAGACGGCAGAUCCUGAAGCACAUCUGCCUGAUGGCUCUGAAAGAUGAGGAGGAGGAGGAGGAGGAGGUGCAUUGUGAGAGAGAUAGUGAAGGUGGGCCGAGUGCUGAGGAGAAAGAUGAGGCAAGAGCAAGAAGCUCCAAGAGGGCCCGGACUCUGGGCUCUGAGAAGUGUUCUUCCAUGAAGCAGCCGGAACGUGUUGGAACCCCAUGCAAAAACCCCAUAAUCAAUGUGGUUCUCACCGCCCAUGAGGCACUCCCUGGUGCUACAAAGAUAGUUCCAAUUGAAGCCGAAGCUGGUCCUUUAGCGGACGAUGCCUCUCAGACCAUGGCUGCUGGACCCCAGGCUACUGGCUCUCAGGCCUCUGCCCUCCAGGCAUCCACCCCCAUGGAGGCUGCCCCCCUGGCAGAGGGGCCCAGGAGGGGUUUCCAGGAGUACGCCAUUCAACAAGACACCUAUCAGGAGCCACUGAAGCCUUGCAGGUCAGUGCAGACCCAGCUAAAGAUCUUCACAUGUGAGUACUGCAACAAGGUCUUCAAGUUUCGCCACUCUCUACAGGCCCACCUGCGUAUCCACACCAAGGAAAAGCCGUUUCUGUGCCCCCACUGUGACUACGCCAGUGCCAUCAAAGCCAACUUGUGCGUCCACAUGCGUAAACACACAGGGGAGAAGUUUAGCUGCGGCCACUGUUCCUUUAGCUGCCUGAGCAGGGGCCAACUCAGAGUGCACGUGGAGCGCGUCCACCAGAGGAUCAAGCAGCACUGUCCUUUCUGCAAGAAAAAGUACUCGGACAUCAAGAACCUGCUGAAGCACGUCCGCCAAAAACACAACAUGGAAGACGCCAAGGUGAAGGAGGCCUACGAUCAGCUGAGGCUGCAGACCCGCGAGGGCAAGAGGCAGCUGCUUUACCACUGCAGCACGUGCCAGCGCAAGUUCAAGAACCAGCUGGAACGCGACCGCCACAUGCUAGUCCACGGCACCCAGCGUCCGUUCAGCUGCGAGCUGUGCGACCACGGCUGCACCAAGCUGCCCGUCUUGCAGGCCCACGUGCGGAAACACCCGUUUAUCUACGUGUGCUCUUCUUGCCAGAAGAAGUUCAUCAGUUCCAUGCGCCUGAAAGCCCACCUGCAGGAGGCUCACCCUGACUGGGACGAGGCAGAGGCCUUCCCUGAGUGCAUCGGCAGCAGCUUUUGCUUGCUGGAGCCCGGAGACGACCUCAGGAGAGAGAUGCUGAAGCAGGACGAGCUGAGGAUCGCGCAGGAGUUGGCCCAACUAAACGUGCCCGGCGAGGAGGGAGCACAGGGAGGGGAGGAGGAGACUGAGGAGAAGGGGUUCGAAAGAUGUAGGAAGGAGGAGGGGAGGGAGCAGCUGACCAAAGACAAGGGAGCAGGGAGUUGCCGGAAAGAGGAGGAAGAGGAAGAUGGGAGAGAGGAACUGACUGAGGAGAAGGGGGAAGUGAGGUGUAGUGAGAAAGAGGUGGGGGUGGGACUUGCAAAGCCAGACUGCGCCAGGCCUUCUGCAGAGACUUCCAUGUCAGACCAGGCUACCGACAGCCCCGAUCACUUUGAAACUGCAGAGACUACACAGGGAGUCAACAGUCUAGAGACAGUUGAUAGAUCACUGAACAUGCAAAGAAAAUGUCCUGCUGAGAAGGUAGCGACGCCAGCACACACACCCGCCGAGGGACUGAGCGCUUUCCAGCAGAUAGUGGACAAGAUGCAGAAACGUCGUCUGUGCAUGGCUCUGUUUGAGAGAAUACGAAGACUGUAUGGCGAUCUAGAGUGUGAAUACUGUGGAAAACUGUUCUGGUACCAGGUGCAUUUCAACAUGCACGUGCGCACGCACACCAAGGAGCACCUGCACUACUGCAGCCAAUGUAACUACUCAUCCAUCACCAAGAACUCCCUGCAGCGCCACAUGGUCCAAAGGCACAGUAAUGUGCUGCUGCGCUGUCCUGCCGUGGCCUGCACCUACAACACACCUGACAAGUACAAGCUACAAGCGCACAUUAAAACUCACUCAGACCAGGAGAAGAAAACCUUCCCAUGCCCUGCGUGCGAGCAAAGGUUUACAGAGGACAGACUUCGUUAUCACAUUAAAACAAGCCAUCCAGAGACUCCAAUGAGCGCGCUGACGGCGGUUCUAGGUGUGCGUGUGCAGGUGAAGGGCAAGAUCGGCACGCGGCCUUCCAAGUGCCCCUACUGCGACUCCUACUUCCUUAGAAACGGCACCGACCUGCAACAGCACAUCUGGGCUCACGAAGGAGUGAAGCCUUUCAAGUGUUCCCUGUGCGACUACGCCAGUCGCAGCAAGAGCAACCUGAAGGCCCACAUGAACAGACACAGCACAGAGAAGAGUCACCUGUGUGACACCUGCGGCAAGAAGUUCAAGUCCAAAGUGACGCUGCGCAGCCACAGACUGAUGCACUCAGACGAAGGAAAGCAGUACAAGUGUACAGAGUGUGACUACACGGCUGCGUACAAACCAGGGCUGCUGAGGCACAUGGAGCAACACGCCUCGUUUAAGCCUUUCCGAUGUGCUCACUGCCACUACUCCUGUAAUAUUGCGGGACCCCUGAAGAGACACUACAGCAGGAAGCACCCCGAGGAGGAGUACCACAAUGCCGGCCCUGGAGGAACAGCCAUCCCAGAAGCAGUGGAACAGCAAGGUGGUGUCAACUGCCCAGUGUGCGAGUUUGCCUAUGGAACCAGGUGGGAGAUGAAUCGGCAUCUAAAGAACAAGCAUGGCCUCCGCUUGGUGGAGAAUGAUGCAGCUGGAGUCACCCACUGGGAGGUGGUGGAAAGUAUGGAGGAGCCCACCGUUCAGUACCUUCAAGUCACUGAGGCUGACGAGGUGCAGGAAGAUCAGGGGGUGGAGACCACCCAGGAGGUGCAGACCACCGAGAGGACAGAGACGGCAGCAGCGGCCCUCCAGGACCUGCGCUUCACAGAGAAUGGAGUUGUAACAUCAGCCGAGGGGCUCGAGCCCUCAACGAUGAACAUCCUCCAGCAGAUCAUUGAGCUCGGCUCAGAGAGUCACGAGGCUUCAAUGGUUGCCAUGGCACCUGGCACAGUGACUGUGGUGGAGCAGGUCGCGGAAGAGUCGUCGGUGGGUAACCAUAGCGACCAGGCCGUAUUGAUCCAGGAGGCAUUCCAGCGAGCGGUGGGCCUGGGGGAACAGCACCACCUAGUGGUGGCUUCAGACAACCUGGAGGGCAUUGAGACAGUAACGGUCUACACACAGGGAGACGACGCCAACCAGUUCAUUGUGUACGUCCAGGAGGCCCUGCAGACACAAGAACAGACUGUGGAGACAGACUAGUUAUGUCACAAAUCAUGGAGGAUCAGAAUCACUGCAUGUUGUCUUACUGACAGCUGAUCCAUCUACUGCCCUUUUGAUGGCUUGAAAUGUAUCAUUUCGUUAUUUUUGAGCAUUUAAUUUUAUACAAAUGUCAUAUUUGCAUUUUAUACAAAGUGUUUUACUCCUGAGAAGACUUAAACAGAUUUACAUUUUCCAUUCUCUCUCCAAUGGAUUGUCAAUCUGGGACACACCUGUGAUACUGAGUAGCUAUUGCAGUUUGUCUUCUGCACAGAAUCGAAUUACUUUGCAUCCUUCUGAACUGUCUAUUUAAACAAGAUGGAGUGACAAAUCUGAAACAAUAAAAAGUUCUAUCAUGA